AUGCCCAUGGCAACCUCUGAAUAUACCACAGCGGCUCUUGCGACGAACAAAGAAGGCUGGGUACGCCUUCAGAGCACAGAUGGGUUUUCCUACCUCGUAAAACGAAAAGUCGCACAGGCGAGCGGGACGAUACGCAACAUGCUAGACCCAGAAGGUGGCUACGCAGAGGCUCUGAAUGGUGUAUGCGAGAUUCAAGAGAGAGGAAUAAUUGUCGAGAAGCUGGUGGAAUAUAUGAGCUUCAAGACGUACUACGAGUCGAUCAACACGAAAGAUGAGAUCCCACUGAACGAGUUUCUCGAACGCAUUCCACCGGAAAUCAUCCUUGAAUUGUACGUCUCUCGCCUAGAUGUUCUUUGA